AUGCUCCACACGGUCGACCUCGCCACCGCAGAGGCGCACGGCGCCCGCUGCCUCGACGGCUCGCCGCCGUGGUUCUAUUACGACCGGCCGCGCUCGCCGGGCGGCUCAGGCUCGAAUAACGCGUCAUGGCUGGUGAUGCUGGACGGCGGCGCGUGGUGCUACUCGCUGGACGAGUGCGCUGCCCGCGCCACCAACGGGCUCGGCUCUUCGCUCCAGGCAAAGCAGCGCAGCUGGGUCUACUCCGGGCUGCUGGAUCCAUCGCCGGCCCACAACCCCGCCUUUGCCUCCUUCCACCGGGUGCUCCUUGGGUACUGCGACGGCGGCUCCUUCGCCGGCAACCGCGAGGCGGCGCUGCACGACAGCAGCGGUCGCCCCGUGUGGUUCAGAGGUCGGCGCAACCUCGACGCGCAGCUCGAGGCGCUGCGCGGCCUCAGCCUCGCGCCGACGCCGUCUGCAGCGCUGCGCGGCCUCGGCCUCGCGGAUGGGGCGGAGCUGCUCCUGGCCGGCGGAUCGGCGGGCGGCCUCGGCGCGCUCUUCUCGGCGGAGCGGGUUCGCGCGCGGUUGCCUCAACUCUCCCGCUUCAAGCUGCUCCUGCUGUCGGCCUUCUUCCUCCACCGGCAGCCCGAGCCGCUGCCGCGCGCCGCCGCAUGCCGCCGCACCUUCGACCCGGCCGCCUCCUCCGCGGCGUGCACGCCGUGGCCUGACAAGAUGAGGGCCCUGUACGAGCUCAUGCACGCCUCGGGCGCACCCGGCUGCGAGCGAGCGCUGCCGGCCACUGAGCGGUGGCGCUGCAUCUUUGCGAACGAGAGCGGCGCGCGGCUCGACGGCGGCGUGCCGCUCUUUCUCGUCAACUCGGCGCACGACUCGUGGCAGACGGCGAACGUCUGGCGGACGUACCCGCGCUGCCGCUGGUCUCGCUGCGCCGCCGCCGACGUCGCGCGAGACGUGCGCACCUCCAACCGGAUGAUUCGCUCCUUCCUCGCCGACCUGCACGCAGCGGGACUCCUGCGCAGGCCGGGCGGCGGCGCCUUCAUCUCGUCGUGCAACGAGCACGUCGCCUCGCUCAGCGCCGCAGACUACGGGUCCACGCUCGUGGGUGGCACCGCGAUGGCGAGCGCCAUCGCGCGCUGGUGGCACGCGCCGGCCGACGCGCCGCCCGAGCAGCACACGUACCUGCCGUGCGAGCUCGACCCCGCUUCGCGCGCGCCGCACUACGAGUGCAACCCCACUUGCAGCACGAAGCGCAGGCGCCGCCUAAGACAGGAGUGUCCCGGCUGGCCGUGCUGA